AGUUGUCAAUAUUUCUGAAUGGUAGAAUGCAAGAAAUAACCAAAAUAAGAUCAAAUAUAUAAAGAUAAUGUGCAAAAAAUAAAAAUACUUAGCCAAAGUUCUUAGUAACGCAUUAACGCUAUUGUUUCUAAGUAAUAGUAGUAACUAGACGUGUUCAUAUAAGUGCAGACGUUGUAUGGAGCAUAAACUGGGCCACUUUCUCCUCGAUUGUCCUACACGUUUUCUGUGUCCAAUCUGGCAACACAGUCAGCAGGUGCUGAGUGCUGCGGAAGCGGAAACCUGUGCGUCUGUCGCCUCCUCGAAGAUUCCUAAAGCUCUGCUUGGGGUUAGUGCUGCAAAUACACCUGUAGGAUCUGGUUUCUUAACUGAGACCAUCCAGAGCAGACCGGACAACAGGGGACUUCAGUAUGAACACUCCCUGAGACAACGGCCGCCGCAGGAAACCCCUUCAACCCACAGCACAGACAGACUUUACAAAAGAUCAGGUAGUUUGACCCUCAGACAUCAUGACGUCCUCUAUGCUGCGCCGGCAGCUGAAGAACUUGGUCCAGAACUACUCUGAGGCUGAGGUCAAGGUGAGGGAGGCGACGUCUAAUGACCCAUGGGGCCCAUCCAGCUCUCAGAUGGCUGACAUCUCUGACCUGACUUACAAUGUGGUGGCCUGCAAUGAGAUCAUGACCAUGCUGUGGAAACGCCUGAAAGACGACAAGAACUGGAGACACAUCCACAAGUCCCUCACACUGCUGGAGUAUCUGUUGAAGACUGGUGACGAUCGUGUGCUUCUGAAAAUGAAAGACAACGUCUAUAUCGUCAAAGCCCUCACUGAGUACCGCUUUGUAGAAAAGGACGGAAAAGACCAGGGUGUAAAUGUGAGAGAGAAAGCCAAGGUUGUCCUUGUUCUUAUGGAAGACGAUGAGAAACUAAAGGAGGAAAGAGAAUUUGCUCGCAAGACAAGAGAGAAAACAUCAAAAGGUUCUGCGGCCUCAUCUUCAGACACCGUCAAAGAUCCCACCUACAAGCCAUGCUACGUUCCCGGGGCCACAGGACUUCCAUCCUUGGACAACAUUCCCUCAGUGGCUGACUUGACUGCUUCUUUUGCUGCCCGGAAGGAGGAGCGACUGAAACAGGAAGCUGAGAAGAAAGAAGUAGAAAGGAGGGCCAAGUUGAGUGAAGAUGAGCUGAAAUGGGAAGAUGCAGGCAAAGGUAAUGGAGUUGCAGAACAUGUCUGGGGUGGAAGGAAAGAAGAGGAGGAAGAGGUGAAAACCGACGCAUGGGGAGCCCCUAAAGAACCAAAUGAAGCCUCAGGUCCUUGGGGUACACCAACAAGUCCUGAUACAACUGAGAAUUCAGCUAGCAGUGAUCCCUGGGGUGGCUCAGCUAAAACUAAGCAAGAGCCAUUUGCCACUUCAACCACGGAUGAAGAUUCGUUUGCUGCUUCAAAAACGGAUGAAGAUCCAUUUGCUGCUUCAAAAACUGAUGAAGAUCCAUUUGCUGCCCCCAAGAACUCAGAACAUCCUUUUGCAGCAGCUAAAGAUGACCCUUUUAGUGCUCCAAAAGGAAAGGAGGAUCCGUUUGCAACGCCAAAAGAAAAACCAGAUCCCUUUAAUUCGUCGAACAACGAUCCCUUCAGCGCCCCCAAGGACGAUCCCUUCAGCGCCCCCAAGGACGAUCCCUUCAGCGCCCCCAAGGAGGAUCCCUUCAGCGCCCCCAAGGACGAUCCCUUCAGCGCCCCCAAGGACGAUCCCUUCAGCGCCCUCAAGGACGAUCCCUUCAGCGCCCCCAAGGAGGAUCCCUUCAGCGCCCCCAAGGAGGAUCCCUUCAGCGCCCCCAAGGACGACCCCUUCAGCGCCCCCAAGGACGACCCCUUCAGCGCCCCAACUGUAAAAGAAGACCCCUUUGCAUCAGCCUCCACUAAGCAUGAUUCUUUCACUGCACCUACAACACCACCAAAUGAGGAUCCUUUCUCUGCUCCUCCAAAAGACGACCCCUUCACUGCACCAAAUCCACUCUCUAAAGAGGAUUCUUUCUCUGCACCAACUACGACAAUCCAGCAUGAUCCCUUUGCUGCAGCAACAACACCCCCUAAAGAGGACCCUUUCUCUGCUCCUCCGAAAGAUGACCCAUAUGCAGGACCAUCCAGUCCACCAGGAGAUCCUUUCAGUGCCCCACCAGUAAGCUCACCCCAAGGGAAUGUAGAUGCUUGGGAAGCCCCUGUAAGUUCCCCACCUGGCACAGGGUCAGAUCCAUGGGGAUCACCAGAAACUCCAAAGGAAACAAAGGGUGAAGAUCCUUGGGGGGAUGUGGCGUCUUCACCCAUUAACAAUUCAGAUCCAUUUGGGGAUGCAUCUAAACCAGACAAUGACCCAUGGGGAGCCCCAGCUGCAGGUCAACAUAGUACAGAAGAUGCGUGGGGUUCACCUGCUCCUCCCUCAGACUCCUCCCCAUCUAACGACCCCUUCGGAGAUGGAGCAUGUAAAAACACUGAUCCCUGGGGUGCACAGAGUAAUGCAACUAGCAAAGGCACAGGAAAGCGAACCGGGCUGGAAGAGGAGAUGUAUAGAAAGACUGCUUCAUUCUUGGGCUCAGCGGGGGCGACGCUGGUAGACUUGGACAAUCUCUUUACCACCGAUCCCAAACCUAAACAGCAUCCUCUCGCCAACGUGCUCGCCGCCCAGACACAAGUCGUUGGCAUGCAUAAAGCUAGAGGCAUGACAUCUGGUCCUAUGGUCAGAUCAGGGGCUUUUACAGCAGUGUCCUUGCCUCGAGCCUCAGCCAUUCCGGACUCCUCCAUUGCAUCCUGCUACAGGACCCCCAUAGGUCAGAUACCAGGUCAUAAGAUGGUGGGGUUUCAGUCUGGCUUAGAUGUGCUUCAAGCAGCUCACAUGCCUCCUCUGAGUUCAGGACCUGGACUCAUACAACCUAUCGCUUUGGAAGGGAGUCCUCACAUGGGACUUGACUGUGGAGUAGUACUGUCUGGGUCUCCGAUGGGGACUCCAGUGGCAAAUCCCUUUUUAUCGGGAACAGGAAUGGGUCAGUCCAGUUUCUUUGGAGGAAACCAGCCAGCGGGAGUGGCUCAGGUGGGAGAUUGCAUCUUCCAGGUUGGGUCUAGUGAAGUCCCUCCACAGAUGGUGUCAACCAGCGAGACGGGGGCCGUCGUCAACACAACUAACAAUCCAUUCCUGUUCUGAUAUGUGGUCUUUCAUUUAACCUCCCUGGAAAGUCGAAGCACCACAACAUUUAGUAUUAUGUUCUGAUUAUGUGUCAUAAUAUUAAUGAUGGCUGAUGUCUUUUUCCAAGGCUACAGUGUUGUUUUGAAAACUACAGUAUUUUUCCAGGGUUCUAUCUGCUUGUCUUAAACCCAUCAGUUCCUCCACUUACAUUUGCCUCCCGUUCAGUUUUUCAGAUGUAGAUAUGAACAAGCCAUGUGCGCAGCAUAAAGUAAACACUAUAACAAGCAUAUAUUUCGAGCUGCGUAGGUCUAAUUUAAACGUGUAUCUAUAUCAGCUGCCAUAUUCUUUUCAUGGACAUGUCUGAUGAUCUGAGUGUCUGUGUGGAAAGUGUUACUGUGAAUGUGACUGUUCUACGUAGUGUGAUCCGGAAAAUGCGCCACUAGGUUUUUACUUCGUGUGCAUGUCUGUGUACAAAGGCUGGAGUGUGUGUGCAGUUAAUAUUGUGCUGAUGUAAAUAGUGGAAGUAAUCACAGAUAAACAUUGAAAUAUACUGUAUAUUAGAGUGUUACAAUCACAAGUGACUAUUUAUUUGUCUAUUUAUUGAUGAGUGCAGCCUCAGACAGAGGAGUGUUGGCCGUUCAACAGCUUUAGUCAACUCGCUAGCUUUCUCUUUUGUGUGUGGGUCUGUGUUAACGGACCACCUCCUGAAGUUUAGACUAGAGGCAGACCUGUAUUAUGAUGCUGUUGGCUAAAGGCGUAACUUCUUUAUCGUGCAUGCUGUCUGAGCUUCACCCCGUCCACACGUCUGCCCUCGUCAGGAAUCAGUGCAACCGUUGGAUGAGCACAAGGCUUCACUUCCUGUUCUUCCUGCUUCACAGUAACACGCAGGUGAAGUCACUUUCAGAGCUCAGGAAACUGAACACAGACAGGAUCAUUUUCAAGAAGUCAUGAUUCUUUGUGGGUUUUUGUCUUGUUUUAAUGUUGGAACAGUUUACCUUCAAUGAGCAGAAGGAUGGAAAUAAGUCGUAAUAGGUUAUAUUAUAAUUUUGCAAAUUUAAUUUUGUAUGAGAUACAUCUAUUUUGCUCUGUAUUUAAAUAUAUAUCUGUGUUGUAAUCUGUGACGGUGCAUUUGAAAAAUAAAGAGGAUGCAAUAAGUGA